UGCUGAAAAUGAGAUUUCGUUCGCUAAAAAAAAUUUUAUGGAAGGAGGAAGCCGUACUACCGGUGAUUCUAGUAAUUGGAAAAACUAUUGCUUACUACGUCCUUAUGAAUAUUGUGUUGCCGGAACUAAUGAAUAUUGGAAGUCCAGGAUACAUAUUCCUCAGGCUCCUGGGACUCUUUCUCUUUUCGAAUAUCAUGUCCAAUAUGGCCAUGUGCAUGCUGGUGGAUCCAACCGUCAAUCCAAAGCAGUUAAUUCCGCAAUUCGAGUUGAGAAAGAACAGUAAUGACUGGCACGAGUGCCGAAAGUGUGAGAUCUUGGCUCCUCCUCGAUCCCAUCACUGUAGGAUUUGUCAGGUUUGUGUUCUCGCGCGGGAUCAUCACUGCUACUUUACAGCCUGCUGCAUCGGCCAUAGAAACUAUCGAUUCUUCUUCUAUUUGGUGUUUUACACAUUUUUUGCUUCUUUAAUCUCGUUCAUCGUUAGCAGCAUUUUCUGGUUCGUGCUUCAAGGUGGCAGCUAUGAAUUUUUCGAAAUCCACUUAAUAUGGAUAGAAAUUGGUAUCCCAGUUGGUAAAUUCGCCUUUGUAGUCCUCUAUAUUUUGAUGCUGCUCGUGUUAGUUGUGUCUGCUUGGGAAUUGUAUAAUCGAUGGCCAAUUAUUCGAUAUGGGGCCACCUAUUUCGAAGCUAGUUCCAAGAACUUUCUGUACGAUCAGGGAAUGAGAUCAAACCUAGAGAUAUUUUUCGGUCAGCGGAUGCAUUGGACUUGGAUCUCCGCAUUUAUACCCAGCCAGCUGCAACAUGAUGGAAUCCACUGGCGAAAAACAGAUGGCAGUAAAGGCGAUUGGACAAUUUAA